ACAUAGUCAAUUGAAAUCUCUUUCGUUUCAGACAUCAAGCUGAGAGAUACGUUUUCUAUCGUUUUGUGUUUCUUUUUUUAAACUGAGUCAUUUGUGUUUUUAUUUCUUUGCUUUUUUAUAGUUUCUUUAAAAGAUUUGUAACAAAUGUAACUAAUUAAAGAUCAGCGCCUCACUGAUUGCAGUUGAAAAUAUCUAAAGUUUUUUCUAGUCGCGCCAAUGCAUUUGCCAGUGCCAAAUCAAAAAAACAUAAUUGUUGCACUUUUGUGUGAGAAGAUUCUGCUCUCUAUUUGAUGAAAUAUUAAUUUUUGCUUUCAAAUUGUGCCAAAAUCAUAUCAACGACAUUUGUUGACAAAGUGAUUGUGUGUUUUUUAUUUGAAAACAAAAAUACAGUGCAUUUUUUCAAAAAAUAUAGGUAUAAGGUUUUAACCUAUAAGAACAAAUUAUAACCCUUUGUUAUAUAACUUUACUUUUUAAAAAGGAAAAGUGCUGAAAGAAAAACUUUGUUUUUCAAGUGAAAGUCUUUUUUAAAAUUAAUCAAAAACCCAAAGGAAGUUGUGUUCUAAAUUUAAAGCAACAUAAAGUUAUUUUUGGAUUGUGCAACAUAGUGAAAAUAGAUUUUUUGAAUUAAAGAAAAAAAAAAAAAGGAGAAGAAUAAAAAAAAAAAACCAGGAAUCAUGCCGGAAGCAAAUUUGGGUAUCUAUGCAUAUGCACCUGUGGAAGCAUCAAAACAUCUUCCCAUCUUGAAAGCCUCUGGUGGAAUUGGAGAUACCGACGGAUUUCCAGCCUUCGAUGCGGAAUCGGAAAAUUUUGCGGCGCCAGAUGAUCCCAAAUGGGGUUUCCGCAUUACUGGCGGUGCUCAAUUCCACAUGCCGAUCACAGUCUUUCAGGUAACAGAAAACGGUCUAGCUGACAAAGGAGGCAUUCGACUUGGCGAUAUAAUUGUUGAAAUCAACGAGAUUGACGUUACAAAUUUGCCAUUGGCCAAAGUGCAGGAAAUAAUAGAUUCAUCGGCAAAGAAAAUAUUUUUAAUUGCUAGAGGAAUGGAAGACGAAGAAUUCAACGAAAAUCCACAAGAAGAAGAGAAAGCAAUUACCUUGAGGAUUCCAAAACCAAUGCCACCACCAAAAGCCAGCAUCGAAGAACGUCUUCGUGAAAUGCAACGUAAACUAUCGGAAAUUGCUGAAAUUCCGAAAAUUCUAUCAUCAACACUCGAAACAGUGUCGCAGACUUUUGAGAAAUUUCUUCCACCUGAACCGAGUUCACACAAGCAAACAAAGACAGCAUAUGAAAGUGAUGAAAUGGAUUCGAUGAGCGAUGAAAACGAUGAAAUUCUAUCUGAACCUGAUAGUCUGGAAAUGGAAUGCAAAUAUAAAGAUUUAACUCCUGAGUCUGACUAUGUUUCAGAAAUAAAUGACUUUGAUAACGACAGAACGGAAACCAAUGAAGAUGAUAGUGAAUGUGAUGAAGAUGAAGAACAACAAUACACUUGGAAUUCAAGCAAUGUACCAGAAGUUAAUAUCGAAGAAGAGACUGAAGAAGAAGAAGAAGAACCUACAGAAGAGGAUUUAAUAAGACUUGAAAAACAAGAAAAGAUGGAAAAAUUAGAAAGAGCUUGGCCUUGGGCUGAUCGUGAAAAGAUUGUUUACAAACAGUCAACUUGUCAUCUUGUACCUCGUCAGCCACUUGGUAUUGUUGAAGAAAGAAUUAAACUCUUAGCAAAACAAAAUCUUCCGGGCUUUUACGAACGAAAGCAAUCUGAUAUCUAAUUUUGAUGCACUGCCAAAUCAAGUUGAAAACAUAUUCUGCUAAUCACACAACCGUGGUGUUCAAUUCAAUAAUUUUAUUGUAUAAAAUUUAUACUAUUCUAUAAGUUUUGAAAUAUUUUCUCCCUUAACCUAGAUUAAAACAUAGAUUUAACUCUGGUUUUCAAAUAAAAA